AUGUCUUUUGGCACCAACACAAAAACGGGCUUCUCCGUGCGGGACAUCCUGGAUCUCCCGGAGCCCACAGGGAGAUACGGCUCCGGGACCGAGGAGACAGAGGAGGACGACACCGAGGAGGCCUCCGCGGAGAUUUCGGGCUCGGAAAUCGGGCAGAAAUUGGGAUUAAGCGGCCGGGGUUUGUGCGGGCGCGACGGUGGAAGCUGCAGCAGGUGGAGACGCGGAUCCGGUAACCUUCACUUCUCGUUACGCGAGAUUUCCAUGGAGUCCCGUUCCGAUCCUAAAUCCCCCAAGCUCUCCACGGACGAGUCCCCGGACGCGGAGCGGGAAGCGGCGGGCGGCGCGGCGCAGAAGAGCCGCGGCAGGAAGCGGCGGGUGCUCUUCUCCAAGGCGCAGACCUUCGAGCUGGAGCGCCGCUUUCGGCAGCAGCGCUACCUGUCCGCCCCGGAGAGAGAGCACCUGGCCGGGUUGAUCCGCCUCACCCCGAACCAGGUGAAGAUCUGGUUCCAGAACCACCGCUACAAGUUGAAGCGCGCGGAGCACAGUUUGGAGGCGCUGCAAGGGCUGCUGCUGCCGCCGCCGGCGCGCCGCGUCGCCAUCCCGCUCUUGGUGCGCGAGGGGAAGCCCUGUGAGCCAAUCACAGCGCAGGACCUGGAGGUGACGCUCAGGUCCGGCCUGGGCCUGCCUCUGUGCGCCUACUCCACGCUGCUGCAGCCCGCAUACGGCCCUGAGAGGCCCGGGCUGCCGCAGCAGCUGGCGCACAUCUAUCACUGGAGCUGGUAA